AUGGCACGAGAGAAAAUCGCCCAGACAGAGAGAGCCGAAUGGAAACCCCGGGAAGAAAAGGAACUCCUCGCUUGGCUAGACUACAACGUGCAGAGACACGGCUACAACUCCUUUACCGAGUCCGUCUCAGGACAUCUCCGUCGAGAGUGCAAUGUGCACUACUCGACGGAGCAGUGUACAAGAAAGUUAUACUGGUUCUGGAAGCAUUUCGGAAACGAUGAAGCGAAAAAGGUGUCUGCUUUGCACCAACGGGGAUCAAAGUGUCUCGGGUACCUCCCCCAGGAAACAAAGGAUUUCGUUUUUGGGAGAUUGAUUCAGCUUGGCGACCGUGAAUUCAAUUCCGUGCGACGCUUGAGGAGCGCUUCUCAAAUCAGCGAUACGGCUGCUUCGAGCAAUGUUCGCGGCCAAUCGUCGAGGUUGCCAGUGCCCUCUAUUGUCAUUCCAUGCAAGAAGACCCUCGACGUAGAGUCGGACACGAGGAUUCGGAAAAGGCAACGAUUUCUCCGUCAGAGAUACCAUUCUUCGAGGGGUGACUCCGAAGAUUCCACCUCGGAAGCAAUGAACGACUGUUCUUCUAUUUCCGCUCAAGAGAACGCAGCCGCCAGUAAUGAUGAAGAUGACCCUUCUGGCGCAGGCAUUGAAGCGGAUGCUAUGAUCAUGGUUCCUGCGCCUUCCGGUACAGAAGAUGUCAAUAGUAAGGGAGGAACGGAGCCAAUCCCAACUCCAACCAUUGAAAUGGAAAGUCUCCCCGAGCUGGAAGCAUUGAAAAAGCAAGUGCAGCAGAUGAGCAAGCUGCAGAGCGAAAGCGAUUUGCGUAUAGAAUUUUUGAGUUCGCGCCUUCGACUGGCUGACGAUCGCCACAGAGAAGAUCAAGCACGACUUGACUGCGUCAAAAGGACGGAGAUGGCCGGGGGCGGGCCUGACGACCGGCUUGAGGCCCAGGAAAAGAAAAUCGCGAUACUUCAAGAGAGACUCAUCAAAGCCAGAGACCUUGGCCGGUUUACUCGGCUCACGUCUCCUGAAGAAAUCCGGUCAUGGAAACCACAGCAAAUCCGCGAGACAAUGGAUUCAGUCGGCUACUGGAUGAAGCAGCUACUGUUUGGUCAUAAAAACAUUCAUGUUUUUGACCCUCGCAAUAUCAACAUAGAUGAAGGCCUCGCAGCGCUUGCAAUCAUCCGUGCUCUUACUGCAGCUGCCAUCUAUGGACGAACCGCCCUCCGGAAUCUAGAUUUUGCCGCCCACCAGUCCCUUUUGAACGGAGCAUUAUUCCAGGACCAUGUACUCCCUCGGCGGGCUGAGAGGCUCGCCUGCCGACUAUCAAAAGUCCUCUGCCCAUUGUUUACAGACGAGAAGGGCAAAGUGAGAGACCAAAUGGUAGCAUGCGGUACUCCGUCCAUUGACCUCUUCGCUACAUGGGGGGCGGACGAGAAGACCUGGAAGGCCACAAGAGAUAAAAUCAUCCAAAUAUUCCAUCGGGCAUUGAACAUCAAAUGUCAGUUCGUAACUCGCAGUUAUCGAUUUGAAGCGGUUCUCCAUCCCCCUCAAACACGCUUCGAGCCGGAGCAGAUGAAGGCAGAGACAAUACAGGGCGGCGUGUUGCAGGCUGAUGGCUCUUCCAUGCAGCAAAACUUGGAGGUUAGGCUCUGUUUACUACCGGCUCUCUAUGCUUUACGGCAUGACUCUACGCAGGUGGUGUAUCGAAACUUCGUUCAGCGUGAUGCUCAUGAGAGGCGGGAUUCAGAGCAGCUCACGAAAGCAGUUGUGGCUGUGGAACCGGCAUAA